AUGAUCAAAGUUGCGUUCCUAUUCCUUGUUAUUAACGUUUUGUUAAUAGAUGCCGAUCUCCGAGCCGCCUUUCUAACGGCAGACAACCCGACUUAUGCCAUUCAUGGCUUAACUUUGGAUUUUUAUGAGCAAGUUCGAAUAGAAUCCUGCACAAAUUGCCAUUUAACCUUUGACGUAACCUUUCGGGAAACACCCAAUGAGAUCAGCUUCAGCUACGAUGGAAAGACAGCGCUGUACAAUUGUGUAUCGAAUAGUUUAAACGAUGGGAUCGACAAUAUGACACAAUGCAGCUGGAUCUACGAUCAGGGCAACACGGUGCUGAAAAUUGGGAGUACGACUCGAUUCGAAUUUGGAAUUAGUAUACGAGUGCAGGAGUGGACUGAAGAUUCCGUCGACCUAAAGCUGAUGCCAAUCCAUGCAUACGUCAACGCAUCUUAUUCAACCUCGGUGAUAACCAUCGGCUCAAAGACGAGCCAACGAGCUGCUGUAGCAACGUUUGUCGCCCGAAAUGCAAAGUAUCCAUGCACGCAUUUCCUGGAUGCACGCGUGAGCCCUGACUCUUGCGUUUACGACAUCGUCGCAGGAGGUGCGCCUUCGAAGAGCGGAAAUCUCCUGAAUCUUCUACAACGACUAAACGCAACAACGAGCCUUUUGACGAGUCGAAUUUUGAGUUCUGCAUUCUCGGUCAUCCUUCCAGCCGGCUGUGAAGCUACCCUACAAUUUGUCAACUAUCAAUCGACCGCGGCAGUGACCGGGUUCAUGGGCCCCGGAAAAUUCUUCAUCACCUCCCCGAACUACCCGUGGAACUUUGAUGAGGGCAAAACGGUCCCGACAAACUACAGCCAAAUGUAUCUGCCCAUCAGCUAUAAAGAUACAAUGUCCGUCGACUUUUGGUUCGAUCGAAUCGAAGGCGGAUUCGUCACCGUCAAUCUGGUGCAGUACACCCAAGAAGGGAAUGUAUGGAACGAGUUGAACGCUACGCUUGACGUGCUGACCAACGGAAACCUGACUGGAUCGUCAGGGCAAGGCCUUGUGAUCGGUUGGUUCCCAAAGCGCGAAGAUGAGGGCAGGAAGGGGUUUGUGUGCCGGAUUGUCGCGUACGACUAUCGACCGUCACCGUCAGAUACUAUUACUACCACUCCGGCGACUACGGGAGUUACUGUCACGGGAAACAAUCUAACAACUACUACAGCCCUAAUAAACCCUGGUUCCUUCACAUACAAUGGAAAAACCGCGCUGUACAACUGUGCCCCGAAUAGCCUAGACGAUGGCAUGGACACCAUGACACAAUGCACCUGGGCCUAUAACCAGAGUAGUACUGUCCUGAAAAUCGGCGCUACAACGCGAUUCGAGUUCGGCAUUAGCGUACGGGUGCAGGAGUGGACGGAAGACUCCUUCGAUGUAAAGCUGAUGCCCGUUCAUGAAUAUGUUAAUGCCACGAUGUCAACAUCCAAGAUCACCGUCGGAUCCAAAGACGCCCGGCGAGGGACUGUCGCUACUUUUCUUGCUCGCAGUCCAAAGGAGCCGUGCACGUACUUUUUGAAUGCAUAUGUGGUACCCGCCUCGUGUGUCUACGAGAUUGUGGCUGGAGGUGCGCCCGGAACGCAUGGAAACCUCAGAAAUUUGCUGCAACGGUUAAACGCUACGACCAGCCUGCUGACAAGCCGUAUCCUCAGUUCGGCGUUUUCUGUCGUUAUUCCGGCAGGUUGUGAAGCAACCUUGCAAGUUCUUGAUUAUCAAACGACCGCGGAGGUCACGAGCUUCUUCGGCCCCGGAAAAUUCAUCAUCACCUCCCCGAAUUACCCCUGGAUCUUUGACGAGGGGAAAACGGCCCCGGCCAACUACAGCCAACUCUAUCUGCCCAUAACCUAUAAAGACACCUACUCCGUCGACUUUUGGCUCGAUCGUAUUGAGGGCAGCUACGUGUCGAUCUUUCUCGAGCAGUACACGCAGCAGGGGACCGUCUCGAACAUGUUCAACGCGACGAUGAACGUGCUGACGAAUGGAAAUCUGACAGGCUCCGCCGACGGCUUGGCCUGUAACAGAAACAGUCAUCACGACAUCUCCGUCCACAACCGACGAGCCAAGCUCUACAUCGCCAGACCCAACUGCCACGACCACCAAAAUUACGAAUACUACUCCGUUCUAAUGGUAUUCCUGCACUUCAUAUUUUUCUCUGUCUUGUUUUAUAUUAGUUCUGCCGCCCUACUUCUUCCUGUAGUAAAUUUAACCGUAGAAAAUCCAAGUUAUGCAAUUCAUGGACUAUCGUUAGAUUGGUAUAAGCAAGUCACUAUUAACUCUAGCCCAGGCUGUACGUUAAUCUUUGAUGUGACGAUUCGGGCUGAAACGGCGCUCUACAAUUGUGUCGAGAGUAAGCUCAAAGAUGGCAUCGAUAACAUGACUGUGUGCAGUUGGCCUUAUUCCAAGGAUAGUACCAUCCUGAGGAUAGGAGAUACCAACAUCUACGAAUUUGGGAUAAGUAUUCGGGUGAAGGAGUGGACGGAAGCCUCCUUUGACGUCGUCCCAAUGCCUGUUCAUGCAUAUGUCAAUGACUCUAUUGCCACUUCAAUGAUCACUGUCGGGGCAGAAAACAGUACGCGCGGCACCAUUGCUACGUUCGUAGCCCGUAACCCGACCGUACCAUGCACUAUUUUCCUCGCGUCGUCAGUCACCCCAAACACGUGUAUCUACGACGUUGUGGCUGGUGGAAGCCCAUCCGGGCAAGGAAAUCCGUCAAAUUUGUUGCAACGAGUCGAGAAGGGAUUUUUGUGUCGAGGUGUCGCCUAUGAUUAUCGGGAAGCCCCGACCGCUUGGCCGAUUACAGAAAGCCCAACAUCACCAGAUGAGCCGUCGUCUUCUGAAAAUCCCGCACCGACUCCUACCUCGGCUCCCAUUCUUACAACAUCCAAAACUUCUGCCAACCACUUUUUGCAGCUUUCCUCUUUGGUGCUGAUCUAUUUACUACUUGCU